GCAUCACGGGAAAGAGCGCGCGGAGAAAGGCCUCUAUCGAAGCCACGACCAUCUUCAGCAUCAUCAUCACCAUUUUUCUCCAGGAGGCAGGACGGGGGAGUGCGCCCACCGUGUUGCGGGUGUAUGCGCGUGCGUUUGGAUCACGAUGAUGCAAAGUGCGGCGGUUCUACCGACGGAGAGUGCCGUAAAGAGUUUACCGGAGAUCCUCGGAGUGCCACUGCAACAGAUCCCUCAGUGUGCCGGCUGCAGUCAGCACAUCCUGGACAAGUUCAUCCUCAAAGUGCUGGACAGACACUGGCACUCCAAGUGCCUGAAGUGUGCUGACUGUCACACACCACUGGCGGACAAAUGUUUCUCCAGGGCAGGAAGCGUUUACUGCAAGGAGGAUUUCUUCAAGCGUUUUGGAACAAAAUGUGCAUCAUGCCAACAGGGGAUCCCUCCUACACAGGUUGUGAGGAAGGCGCAGGACUUUGUGUAUCACCUACACUGCUUUGCCUGCAUCAUGUGCAGCCGACAGCUGGCCACCGGGGACGAGUUUUACCUCAUGGAAGAUGGGAGGCUGGUGUGCAAAGUGGAUUAUGAGACAGCCAAACAGAAUGAUGAUUCAGAGGCGGGGACAAAGCGGCCGAGGACCACCAUCACCGCCAAGCAGCUAGAGACUCUCAAAAGUGCCUACAAAAACUCACCCAAGCCGGCACGCCACGUCAGAGAGCAGCUUUCCUCGGAAACUGGACUGGACAUGAGAGUCGUGCAGGUGUGGUUCCAGAACCGGCGAGCAAAGGAAAAGCGCCUGAAGAAAGAUGCUGGUCGGCACCGCUGGACUCAGUUUUAUAAAAGUGUCAAACGCAGCCGGGGAGGAACUAAGGUGGAGAAGGAAAGCUCAGCCGACGAUGCAGGACUCAGUGACAGUGAACUCAGCUUCAGAGACGACCAGGUCCUGUCAGACUUGGGCCACACCAAUGGGCUUUAUGGGAGUGUUGGUGAUGUCACCAACAGUGCGGUACUCAAUGGCAGCUUCUCAGUCGAAGCAGCAGGGCAGCCGUACCACGACAUCCGGUCAGGAAGUCCCUACGGCCUCCCUCAGUCACCGUCCUCCAUUGCUUCGCUACCUGGCCACACUCCUCUUAUUAACAACCUUGGCUUUAACAUGGACAGUCUUGUGGCACAGGGGGGUUUGGGUGGUGUGGGACAGGCUCUAAGGGCCAUGACGGGAGGCCCCACCUCAGAUCUCUCCACGGGUAGCAGUACGGGAUACCCCGACUUCCCGACCAGCCCUGCAUCCUGGCUGGACGAGAUGGACCAUUCCCAGUUCUGAUUCUGUUGACAGACUGUGGACAAAGUGACAGGGACAAAAAGAGAACAGACUCAUGAGGCUUUUUACAUUUCUUUCUGUUACUCCCCCUGGACCGGUGUGUUUUGUGAUGGAUGAGGAGAAAAAAGAGAAGAAGCCUGAAUCUUUGACAUUGUACUGGUCUGAUCACUCACCAGAAACAAAAAAGCGAUGAAGACUACUUUACCGACUGGAGUUAAUUUGACUGAAUGUUCCAUCUUAAUGCUACAAUGCAACAUUUGUAUCAACGGAACUUUAGUUUUUCACUCUGACAAUGAGACUGGAUUAUCAAGAUGAAGUUCAGAUGGAGGUUGGAUUAUACCCCAUAGGGAGGAGGUGUCAUCUCAACUCCCUAAAAACAGCUUGACCACAGGGUUGAAAUCUAGAUAAAAAGUCUCUCUAGACCCAGAAGAUAACGGCAUGCUCCAAAUCCCUAAUGAGUAGGGCUACUGUCCGGCUGUAUCAAAGCCUUUACGUUGGCAACGCACUUUAGUCUCCUCUUCUUUUCUACAGAACGCAGAGAGAAAGAGGAGAGGCACAGGCACAAGGCAAAAACACAGUGUUCCAUUGGGAGGGAAAUUUACAAGAACAGUGGCACAAGUAUGAAUUUUGAAAAACAUUUUUUUAAUGAACUGAUGAAGCAUAAACACGUAAGUUAUUUGGAAGUAGACGGUAUUGGUCUGUCUGUCAAAGCUGAUGUUUCCUCUGUUUGAAUGGGCACAAGCUCAUCUAUAUUUGUAGGUGCUUAACUUGUUCCUGCCCGUGUAAAACUGUCCUUUCCCGAGUGGAGAGUGAACGUCUGUCAGUGUUAAAUUAUCUGUUUCCGGACUCACGGGGAUUCAAGCUGUCUGUUGGGGAGCAAAUUUAGAAUUCCAAUCAACGUAAUUACGAUUCUUUUUUUUUUUGUUUUGUUUUUUGUAUGACUGCACAAACAAAAACAAGGAGCUAUUCUUUGUAAGCAGUUGUGGGCACAGCUAACCUAAAAGCUAGCUUCAUUAACCACUUUUACGCUAACUGAAAAGGUAACCGCGAUAAUGCUAAACUGAUAAACUGCUAAAAUACUUAGCUGAAGCUACUGCUAUGUUGUAUUCUCUGACUUUAGCUUUGCCUUAGGUUUCUUUGGCUCUUCAACACUAACAAGAAAAAAAAACAGACCUAAAGAGAUUAAAUUUUAAGACUUUGUUGGGUAAAAAUGGAAGUUCUCAAAAAGGUUUUAGCAUGUCACGAUCAGAUGAUGAUGAUCAAGAUAUACAUAUAUAAUUAAAUAAACAAAUGAAAU